GGUCCUACUGUAGAGAAUAUACUCUCCAAUAACCUAUAAAUACCCAAAUGGCGCUUCGCUAAUCAGGCGUUCCAAUUUCCAGGUAUUUUGUCCUUCUAGUUUUCCUCUACCAGACGUAAACAUGGACUCCCACUCCAAUCUCUCCCACCCCAAUUUUUCUGUCUCUUUCGACUCCGAUAGGGUCUCCGGCAGCCACUCCUGUUCGGAUUCGUAUUCCAGUGUACGCGCUUAUCCUCUCGAGCCACACCAACCGUUCAGUCAUGGCGAUCGCGAGUUCGAUUUGGGUCUAGAUGUCAUAACAGAGUCCAUGGAUGACUUGGAUUCUUGGGUUCCUAAAGAUAACAACAACGUUGACGAUCUCUCGAGCUAUAUGGGGGAGUUAGGAUCUGGGUUCGAGGUUGAGGUUGAGGUUGAGUUGCCUAGGAAUGAAGCUCGCGCCGAUGGGCUUCGAGUUUCCAGGGUUGACACGGAGUUGGAGCCGGAUGCUGGCGGCGAAAUUGUCGAUUUGAGUGCUGGUGGUGAUGAACCGGGCUCUCCUGGAUUGUGGGAUAGUUUUAUUGAUAAUCAUAUGGGGUUGGCCAAUCCAAAUGAGGGUUUUGAAUGGGAUGAAUUGGAGCAAGCAAUCGAUGAAAGUGAAAGUCUGAGUAUGGCGAUUGAUAGAGUCGAGGAAUCAUUGAUUCCAUCAUCCAGCAUUUCAGCCGUUACAGAAGACGAGGAACCAAUGGACGAUAUUGAGAGAGAACUUUUAAUGGCCUUUGACGAUAAUGUGAAUUCAAUUGAGGAUUCUUAUAUGUUUGAUGCUGAUUAUGAUACCCUUAUGGAACAACUGGCGGAUAGUGACGUUCAUUGGAGGGGAAGUCCACCGGCAGCAAAAACAGUAGUUAAAAACCUUCCUCUAGUAGUCUUGGGAAAGGAGGACUUUGCGGUUUGUGCCAUUUGCAAGGACGAGGUGGAGGAGGGGGAGAUGGUAAAUAAGUUACCUUGUGGCCAUUACUAUCAUGGAGAUUGCAUUGUGCCUUGGUUGAGGAUGAGGAGUACUUGUCCGGUUUGUCGAUAUGAGUUGCCGACUGAUGAGGAGGACUAUGAGAGCAGGAAGAGGAGGAGGACGGGAUACUGAGAGCUGGAGGUGGCAUUUCCAACGGAUUCAACAGAGGCUUAAACUCUUGAAAUGUUUGCAUAGUUCAGUAUUUGAAACUUUAGGAACAGUCCU